AUGGCGUUCCCAGCAACUCCGCAAAAGCCUCUGCCUGGUGCGUAUUUUGCGACACCUGCGCCCUCCCGUUACGCAAAAAGUGCUCCCUUUUAUCAACCAAAUUUUACUAAACAAAGUGAUAAUGAGGCGCCAAGUAAUUCCGCAUCAGAAAACGUAGAAGCAGCAAAGAUGGAAGCUUUGAAGCCAGUGCAACGCGGUGCAAGGACAAUCAAUGAAGUCCUUCAGAGAGAGGCUAAUUUUCCAGAUCUGGACAGUUAUGUGAGACAGGGUAUCUCAUCUGACUAUAAUGUUUCACACGGCCAGACAGAAGCCGCCUGGUCGCCUUUCCAAAAAACCAAAAUGUAUGAUAUUCCUGAUAGAAUAUUCGAACAGUAUAACCGCGCUGAAGUUUCCACUAUGAUGGGGUUGUUCGCGGAAAUAAAUCAUGCAUGGGUUACAAUAGAUAACUGUUUGUACUUGUGGGAUUAUACAGAUCCUAACCCAGAAAUUAUUGGAUAUGAAGAUCAGUCAAACAGCAUUACAGCCUUAAAGUUGGUUGUACCUCGAGCUGGCGUUUUCAUUGUUGAUGUCACUCAUUUACUUGUAGUUGCCACUACGAUAGAAAUAAUUCUACUAGGAGUUAGCUGUAAAUGUGAGGCUAAAGGAUCAAGCCAGCAGGAUUCGAAGAAUACGAAAAAAGUUUCUCUAUACGCGACUCGGAUGUCACUAUCUAUACGAGGCAUCAAUAUUCAUACUAUCGAAGGAUCCAGGGAAACCGGUCGCGUAUUUUUUACGGGCAAAGCCGAGCCCAGCGUCUAUGAACUGACGUAUCAACAAGAAGAAAAAUGGUUUGCUAAUCGCUGUGGAAAAGUUAACCAUUCAUCUCCAGGAUAUGCAGCUCUGGUGCCAACUAUUUGGGGAGCGAAAUCACAGGAGUAUGUCGUACAGAUAGUUAUUGAUGAUUCCCGAGGUCUAUUGUACACUUUAUCAUCAGAAUCUACCAUACGUACAUAUCAUAUGGACACUCCUUCAACACUAAAGCAGGUUAUUGAGAAAAAACGUCAUGAAUGCCUUCGAGACAUCAGCCACAUGAUAUCCCAAUCCAUAUUAUUGACAAAUUCGAUGAAAAUAUGCUCUAUAAGCUCAAUUUCGGCGAAAGAAGGUUCAAAGUUACAUAUGAUGGCUACAACAACAACUGGCUGCAGGCUGUUCCUAAGCGCAACGCGGGGAUAUGGAUAUGUAAGUGGUCAAGGUGCACCUCAAAGUAUGCAAGUCCAGCACAUAAAAUUUCCACCACAAAGCGAGUCCCAAACUACGGGUGCUUCUCAGCCACAAACAUAUGGUCUAGAACCAGUUACAGAGACUUCAUCACUUGCACUAUCUUAUACGCGGAUUGGCUCACGCUUUCCUCCAGGGCUCAACUUAUUCCUUAUAACCGAACGUGAUAGAAAUGGGCACGAUCUACUCUUCUUAACUAGUCCAGACACUGGUAGAAUAGCAGCACAAGCCCGUGGUCUCACAGCUCAAACACUUAGAUAUUUUGAACAGUCAUGCUGGCUUGAUUUAAAUAGUCACGCCGAAGAUAUAGGCUUAGUGACUAAACCAUAUGAGCCAACAACACAACCUAUUGGGUUCGGCAACGAGCUAGCCGUGCAGUUUGAAGAUGUGAGUCAAGAGAUUGCUAUCUUGACGAAUACUGGGAUUCAUAUCAUUCGAAGAAGAAGGUUAGUUGAUAUUUUUGCAGCUGCUAUCAGAAAUUAUAGUGGCGAUGAGGGACUCGAAAAAGAAAUUAAAAAGUUUAUUCAAUAUUACGGAAGGGCAGAAACAACAGCUACUGCGCUUGCUGUGGCUUGUGGACAUGGCAGUGAUUUUGUUCCAGGCGAUACCAGGAUUGCACGAACUAGCAAUUCAGAGACCUUAGAGCUUGCCAGAAAAUGCUUUGUCGAAUAUGGAGGGCGGCCUUCGUUCAAUGAAAAUGUAGCCUUGGAAGGAACAAACCAUGCUGUUGAUAACGUACAGCCAUCUUCUCGGCAUGAGGGGCUCGCAAUAUACAUGGCAAGACUAGCUCGUCCUGUAUGGAAGUUGCCAGUAAUCACACGGACUAUUGACGACUCUGGAAGCGCGAAGCAGAUAGGUUCGACAAUUGACAUCGCACAAUUAACUCGAAUUCAGGAAGAUCUCAUGAGAGUAACGAGUCAGCAAGAAGAGAUCGCACUUCAGGGCGAACAUCAAGCCCUCCACUCCCUUCAAAAAUUAAACUUAAACAUUAUUGAAGGUAUAUCGUUUGUAAAGGUGUUAUUUGAAGAAGGCGUAAAUGAUAUAUGGGCAGCACUCGAUGAUACCACUAGGCAAAGGUUAAGUGAUCUAUCAUUUGAAAUACUCUUUUCAUCAGAUCAGGGAAGGGAUCUCGCCAAAGUACUGGUCAAAGCCAUCGUGAAUCAAAAUAUAGCCAAAGGAUCGAAUGUUGACACUGUUGCUGAUGCUCUUAGACGCAGGUGUGGAAGUUUUUGCAGUGCAGAUGAUGUAAUUAUUUUUAGGGCUCAGGAACAACUGAAGAAGUCCUCGGAGAUUGGUUCCAACACUGACAUGGGACGCAAACUCCUCAAUGAAAGUCUCAAGCUUUUUAAUCAAGUUGCUGGCUCUCUGACAUUUGGGAACCUUCAAUCAGCUGUAUGUCAGUUUUUAGACGUGCAAUUUUUCGCUGGUGCCAUCAGUCUAUCUCUUCUCGUCGCCCAUGAAUCUGACCGAGGAAACAGAGCCUUAGCUUGGGUAAAUGAAGAUAGGCCUGCAGCUGAUCCCCGCUGUUCUCUUUUUGAGUUUCGAAAACAGUGCUAUAAUUUGGUAUAUCAAAUUCUAGAACAUAUAGAGGCGUAUUGUAGCUCUGAGCCGGACAUGAUUGAUGGUAAUCCAACCCUUGCAGCCACUCGAAGAAAUGAAGCUAGUCAAGUUGUCAAUACUUCCGAUGAUGAACUCUUCCAGUUUGAUCUCUACGAAUGGUACCUCGCCAAUGGGAAAGAGAGAACUUUACUAUCUAUCGAUUCGGAUUAUGUGGUACAAUUCCUGACCAAGUCGGCCAGUUCUAGCCUCGAAAGGGCCGACUUACUAUGGAAAUUUCAUCAGGGUCGUGAUCAAUUCUAUGAGGCUGCAAUGGUUCAAUCAGGACUAGCAAAAAGUGAUUUUGAUAUUCCCCUUGCUCGAAGAAUUGAGUACCUAUGUCGAGCGAAGGCAAAUGCAUCUGCCCUAACCUCUCAGACACAGCUUGUCGGUAGACAAGCACGCCAAGUUCUUCAAUAUGAGAUUAUAGAACUUCUUGAUGUGGCUAACAUUCAAGAUGAGAUAUUGCAGAGAUUGAUGGCUGAUCCUAGAACUGACGAAGCUAAUCGACAACGUAUUCUCGCAAAGCUAGAUGGCAAAAUCCGUGAUUUGACCGUGCUUUACAAUGAAUUUGCGGAUCAGGCAUCAUACUUUGAUAUCUGUCUAACUAUCUAUGAGGCAGCCUCCCAUCGAAAUGAUGCUGAUAUAGCAGCUACCUGGCGACAACUUCUUGACACAACACACAGUAAGGUAAUGGCUGAUCCAGCGUCAGGCCAACUACCAUACGAGGCGGUUAUUACGAUGGUUCGAGAAAUGUCUCGACGUCUUGGUCCAUCGGAAUCCACAUUCAGUCCUCACAUACUUAUACCCAUGCUUGAGAAAUAUGGUGCAGAAAGUCAAUUCCUUAUUGGUCCUCGCGUAUGGCUUCCGCAACUCUUUAUAGAAGUCGGGUUCUCCCAUGAGGUUAUUAUCGGCGUGUUACAGGACAUGUGGUAUCAAAAUUUAACCCCUUUUACCGAACAAAAGAGACGUAUACUGGCUGAGCAUAUUCUUUACGUCAUUGAGCAGUGGUAUGAAGACUGCAUGCGUGCAAAUAGUAGAUUAUUUGGCAGCGAUGAAGUUGCCAGCAACGUGACGCAGUUGUUGGAAAAGCUUGUUGAUUCAGAUCUAACUGCGGCUGACUUAGAUGUUUGUGCAGAGCUACGGCGACGAAUACAGAGAGCUUUUCAUUCAGGGACUAAUGUCGAUCGUGCGACUGUACGAAAGCGAGUCACUUAA